GCAAUGUUGAUUAGCGUUUGAAUUGGAGUAGCGCGAUCGACUUUACCCAUCCCCAUCCCCUUCCCCUGUCGUAGCCAGUGUCAACACACAGAGAAAAUUGUAUCUCCAGAAUUCAGAAAAAUAUUCUGUUUUAAAAGCUAUUUUCGCUGUCACUUUUGGGUUGCAUGCAGUUCAGACCACUCAUCGCUCAGAUUCCUCAUUCUAUCGGCCGAAAAGUCCAAGCUCCUGCAAGAACAGCAGCAGCAGUACGAAUGCUGGCAAGCACAUCUGGGAUGUCUCACACCAAGUGCAGGAGCGAAUUUUAUGCCAGGACAAACAACACAGUCAGACGCUUCCCUGUCCCUUUAGGCAAAGUAAAUUGGGAAGUUCCGUACCCUGAGUACAAACCUACCCACUACACUUCGGAACAUGUUUUGAAAAGUCCUCCUUGGGCUGACAAGGAGGAUUUAGCGUCUGCCAGUUACAAAUGGAAUGAUUUGGACAAUGGUGUGAACAGGAGGAGUUACCUGGGACAGUACAAGUUGGAUGACAAAGGGCGUCCGCUGAACCCAAUUGGCCGCACUGGUGUCCAAGGCAGAGGGUGCCUUGGUCGAUGGGGUCCCAACCAUGCUGCAGAUCCUAUUGUUACAAAGUGGAAAAGGGAUUCGCAAGGCCACCAAGUCCUUGGGCCUGAUGAUUUACCGAUUCUGCAGUGCGUGUUGAUUCUGAGAGGAGACUGCAAUGAAUGGGCCUUGCCAGGAGGAAUGGUUGACCCAGGAGAACAUGUCUCAAAGACGUUGCAACGCGAAUUUUUGGAGGAAGCCAUGGACUCGUGCAGUGAGGAGGAAAUAAGCAAAAUCAAAAGCUUCUUCGAGUCGGAAGGAUCAGAGAUUUACAAGGGGUAUGUGGACGACCCUCGGAAUACUGACAACAGCUGGAUGGAGACAUACGCAAUGAAUUUCCAUGACCACGAUGGAUCAGUUUUUGAAAAAAUCCAACUGCAGUUUGGAGAUGACGCAGUUGGUGUCAAGUGGAGGGAUUUGACCAAAGACUUGAAGCUCUAUGCAUCCCAUUCAGAGUUCAUAGAUAUAUUACUCGAUUUGCAUAUUAAUUCCAAAUAUUUGUAACUAAUAAAUGUUUGUGUUAAAGGAUA